AUGACCGAAACCACUAACAAGUCAUACCUGAUCGUAGGUGCAGGCGUCUUCGGCGCCUCUACGGCUCUGCACCUUAUCAGAGCGCACCCGGACGCCAGUGUAACUCUCGUCGACCGCAACGCCUUUGACGCCCCCAUUCGCGUCGCUGCCUCCUGGGACUGGAACAAGGUCGUUCGCGCUGACUACGUCGACAUUGAGUACAUGCGCCUUACGCUCGAGGCCAAGAAAUAUUGGUCAGAGGAUCCCAUCUGGAAGCCCUUCUACCACGAAAGCGGCGUUUACUGGGUUUCGCCGAACAACUUUGCGGAGCAGAUGCAAGAUAACUACAAGAAACUCGGGGUUGAUUCGGGGCUUUUCUCGCUGUCAGUGGAAGAGGCGAAAAAGCAGUAUGGAGGCAUCUUUGAUGAUGCUGACUUUACCAACGUUAAGGAAGUCUUUGUGAACAAGAACAGUGGGUGGGGUGAAGCGAAAGAGGCGUUGCAGAGGACAAUUGAGGAGGCUGUCAAGCUGGGAGUCAAGUACGUCGAAGCCGAAAUUUUAAAGGUCGAGUUCGACGCCGAGGGUGCCGCGACGGGUGUGCAGACAGUCAAAGGCGAGAGCAUCAAAGCCGCGCAUGUCAUCCUGUCGACGGGCGCUUACACGGCCAAGUUGCUAGCUGACAGCGCUCCUGACCGGACUGAGCUCCACGCUGGAGACAGAUUUGUUGCCGCUGCUGUCACUGAAGGAUUUACACCCGUUACUGGCGAGAAUGCCAAGGAUUUGUAUGACGGGCCAGUCGGUAUCUCGAUGGUGCCGCCCUCCAGAGGUGCAAGCAACGGAAGUGUGCCUCACUCAAAAGACAAGACGCUCAAAUUCUGGGGCCAGAUCAUCUUCAGAAACACGCAGUCUCACCCGAAUGGAAGCCGGUUCUCCGCGCCUCCCCCAGUCUCGGACUAUGCACAACUCGAUGUCCCCAAGACUUUGAGAGACGACGUAGACUAUGCGGGGAAAAGCCUCUUUGGCAAGAACAGCGCCGACUUCAAAAACGAGAAUUACCGUAUAUGCUGGGAGGCUGUGACGCCCGACGAAGACUUCAUCAUCUCUCCGCACUCCGCGAGUAAGAAUCUCUACGUCGCCACCUGCGGGUCUUUCCACGGUUGGAAAUUUCUGCCCAUCUUGGGCAAGUAUGUUGUACAGAUGCUAGAGGGCUCUCUUGAAGAGGCUUUGGCAAAGAAGUGGUCGUGGGAUCGAGUUCUUCCUCCUCCCACUCAUAGAGCUUGGCCUAGGAGGGAGCUUAGCGAUUUGAAGUAA